CCUUUCUUCUCACGCAGCAACGAAUACAUACGGACAAAUAUUUUUUCAUUCUCUCUCUUCUCUCUCCUUUCUUCUCUCCCCCUCUCUUUUCUCUUCACGCACCAAAUCAGAAACCAGAUCUGCUCCCAAGCUCUCUUCAAGCAAUAGAUCUGCUCCACGCCAAACUCAUCUUCGAUCUUUUACACCUCCUGUUCAAUCAUAUCUCCUCCUCUCACAUAUCUCCAGAUUUCAAUACAUAUAAACUCAUCCGUCUUCGACCGAUUUUAGAGUAUGAACAGUGGUUUUAUCUGGAGCUCCGGCGGGCGGCGGGCGGCGGACGGCGAGCAACAAACGGUGAGCGGCGGAGAAUUCAUAGGGUGGCAAUAGUGUCAUUAAUAAGAUGACAAUACAACUCCAAGAUGGCACUUGUAUAGUAAUAUUAUCAAGUCACAAAUCAAAUCUCAGAUCUGAUGGCGGCUGGCUGGAAACAUCGCUGGAGCAUCACUGGAUGAGGUGGCAGAUAAAGCGGCCGGCGGCGACGUCAGUGGAGGCAGCUAUCAGUGACGCCGGUGGAGGGGGGCGGCGACGUCGGUGGAGGCGGCUAUCAGUGACGCCGGUGGAGGGGGGCAGCGGUGCCGCUGGUAGAGGCGGAGAUGACGUUGGGGGCACCGGAGGUGAAAUGUCGGCGCCACCGCCAGUGGUGGUGGCGGCGCCCACGUCGCCGGUGGAGGCGGCGGCGAUGGAGGAGUUUGUGGUGCUGGAGAUGGAUGUGGUCUGCCAGAGGAUUCACCGUAUGUCUAGGGCUGCUGUCAUUUUUAUUUCUAUUAUUUUAUUUGCAUUGUUAAUAAAUAAUGAUUUAUUCAUUAAGGGUAUUUUUGUCUAUCUAACUCUUUUUAGUCCUACAGAACAUAACCGAACAUUGCACUCCUAUUGUUGAACUUUUAACAUUAUUUAGUCUUACUUGGGGAAUUAUCUCUUUUUUAUAUAAUAUUAUUAAGGGAAAUUUCCUAGGGUAAGACUAAAACUCAAUCACUUUCUUAAUCUAUGACCUAACUAGUUUUUAGA